AAGUACUUGGCAGAUUCUAAAAAGUACUACAAAGCUGAGCUGGAGCCUGUGGACUUCAUCAAAGCUUUUGAUGCAGCCAGGAUCCAAAUCAAUGGCUGGGUGGAGGAGCAGACGAAAGGUAACAUCAAGGAUUUGCUGGCCGAGGGUUUGCUGGACGACACGACCGUGCUAGUACUGGUCAAUGCCAUCUACUUCAAGGGCCUCUGGAACAAUAAGUUUGAAAAGGAAUCGACUGUUGAUGCUGAGUUUAGAAUUAACAAGACUGAAACUAAGACGGUGAAGAUGAUGCGUCAGUCAGGUGAAUUCCGUUUGGCCUCCAUUGAUGAGCCCAGCUUCCAG